CGUGGGACUCGAAUUCAUUCCAAGAGAGCAAGCCAAGAUCAAGAGAUCGAUCAUAUCGUAUUUUGUAGUAAUUUAGCAGCUAGCUAGUGCAGCUGCAAGCUAUUAGCGACUGCAUGCUUUGAUCGAUCCAUCUAGCUAAUUGUUGAAUCCAUCUAAGCUUAAUGGCUCUGCAGCAGAGCAUGGCGAUGCCGAUGAUGGUAGUGUCUGACCUUGGCACCGCUCCUCGGUCAUCGCCGAUGGUUCAGCUGCAGAGGAUGAAGAAGCAUCUGGUGGUGGUGGCGGCGUUCAAGAGCAGAACCAAGGCUUCCCCCAAGGUGGACAAGUCGAACAAGAACAAGUCGAUCGUGGAGGACGGCAUCUUCGGCACCUCCGGCGGCAUCGGGUUCACCAAGGAGAACGAGCUGUUCGUGGGGAGGGUGGCCAUGCUGGGGUUCGCGGCGUCCCUCCUCGGCGAGGCGGUCACCGGCAAGGGCAUCCUGGCGCAGCUCAACCUGGAGACGGGCAUCCCCAUCUACGAGGCCGAGCCGCUGCUCCUCUUCUUCAUCCUCUUCACGCUGCUGGGCGCCAUCGGCGCGCUGGGCGACCGGGGGCGCUUCGUGGACGACGCCACCGGGCUGGAGCGCGCCGUGAUCCCGCCGGGGAAGGGGUUCCGCGCGGCGCUGGGGCUCAGCGAGGGUGGCCCGCUGUUCGGGUUCACCAAGGCGAACGAGCUCUUCGUGGGUCGCCUCGCGCAGCUGGGGAUCGCCUUCUCCCUCAUCGGCGAGAUCAUCACCGGGAAGGGCGCGCUGGCGCAGCUCAACAUCGAGACCGGCGUCCCCAUCAACGAGAUCGAGCCGCUCCUCCUCUUCAACAUCCUCUUCUUCUUCUUCGCCGCCAUCAACCCCGGAACCGGCAAGUUCGUCACCGACGACAACGACGACCAAUGAGCCCAGCCCACCCCUCAUUUUGCUUUUACUCCACUUAAUUAAAUUAGCUUCUUCUGAUAGUAGUAAGGAGACGGUUAAGUGGACUAGCUAGUCAAUGUCAAUCCUCUCCUCUGUACUGUAGUGGAGUAGUAUCUACUUAUAUGCAUAUACUAGCAAAAAUUCAGGACACAACAAUCAAUCGGUACUCCUGAAUGCAUGAUGGGUGAACCUUCCAAAUU